CGCUGCGAAGAGCAUAGCUCGCGGCUUCGGGCUGCUGCGGCUCUUACCUUUCGCGCGCCCCUUGGUGCGAGUCUGCUGGUGUGACGCAAAGACUCCAUGAUGUGCGGAGAGUAUAAGUAUCCACCAGCGACGGCCCACGCUCAACGUAACCGUCCUAUUGCACUUACACCCUACUCGUCCCCAAACAUAACCCAGGAUGUCCGUCAGCGUCGCCCAUGCUGUUCCCGUCGUCGCGUCGGAAGUGCCUUUGCUCUCUGGGGAUAUCAUGCGAGAGAUCAAGACCCUAGCAGUGAGCCUGCCGCUCGACCCUGUGUCUCACCCACCCGCCGCAAGGGUGUCCAACCCCGAGAACACAACAGUCGUGAAUGCACUCGCCACACGAAGGCUAUCUGCAGGAGCAGUCAUUGCUGGACAAAUCGGCAUUGACCUCAAUGCAAUUGGCAAAGUCGAGGCGCGCAAGAUCAUGUCCGCGGAGCACAAAGUACUUGGUUUCCGCCCGCCGCCCGGCUCGCUAGCUGCAGAAGCGCAGGCUGCGGCUGCGAAGCACCCUGAAGUGAAAGGAGUACAGGCGCCUGACCCUGAGAAGCUCAAGGAGGCCGCGAAAGUGGACGCGGAGAGAAUUCUUGCCGAGCGAGUAAAGAACGAGAAAGAGGGAGACAACGGUGUCACAAAGUCUGCCGGUAUUAACGGAGAUAAUGGGUCGGAACCAGCAAUUGAUUUGAGCAAGAUUACAGAAGAGGAAGCGCGGAGAUUGAUGUCUCACGAACACCGUGCACUGGGCUUCCGUCCGCCCCCUGGUUCGCUUGCGGCAGAGGCGCAGGCCGCGGCGGCGAAGUUUGCAGAAUCCAACGGCAAACCGCGGCGUAAUUCAAACGACACCGGUCGCAAGUCGCAACAGAACUCGACGGACGCAAAUGUCAAGCCACGCAGGGGCUCCGGCGAAAGCCGGGGGAAGCCGCGGCAGAAUUCUGUGAGCACGAAUGGCAGCGGCAACGGCAACGCUCGGGCGCGAUCUGCGCGAAGAGGUUCGAACGAGAACGGUAAGCCUAGGCGAGGCUCCGGUGAGCAAACGAACGACCAGAGCAGCGAGAACACGAACGGCGUCGGAGCUGCCAGGCGCAGAAGCUCGGCGGCUGCCCCGACGAACAAUGAAGACCUGCUCCGCGAGGCUGCACGCCUAGAUGCUGAGCGCAUCAAGGCUGUGCGCGGCGUGAACGGCGCCCAGGCGUCAGAGCACGCCCACGCCGACGUCAGGAACAUCGCCGCAGAGGAGCGCAAACGUGAGACGAUCAACCUUCCCGCUCCUGCACAGCAAAAUGUGGACCGCGGCGCGAAGCAUGAUGUUGCCUACCGCGAUGCGGUCGCGGCGCGAGCUCCCGUGAUGGGCAACGAGGGCCAGGAUGCGGACGACGAUGACAUCAUCAUGGAGACCGAGGUUGCGCCCGGCGAGCUCGAGCAUGAGGAGAACAUGACGCCUUCUAUGGUUCGCACGGAAACUACAGACUCGGUGCAGAUCAUCGGAGAUGUACUCCCGUGAGGUACAGGGCUGUUAUGCAGCAAUGAGCAGUACAUGUGCAUGAACAUUGAUGCAUGCAGGACACAACGUUCCAUAAACUUAGCCAUCUGCAUUAUCGGGUAUUCUUACGUGAUUUGAUAUGUUGUACAAAUAGGGCUCAAAUGGAAAGGUCGCAAUAUUUUCGCAAUAC